AUGAUUAAGUCGAAGUCGUUAAUCAGAUGUCUCAAGGGUUCUACGAAGAUGAUUCGAGAGACUCUUCAAUAUUUGACAUUUCAAGAGAACUCGAACCGAAGUGAAGCGUUUUCAGCUGAUCCGUUGCAUUUCAAGAGCUUUGCUGUUGGAAGUGAGAAAUGGCAAAAUAAACAAAACCCGUAUGAAUCAACUAGCUUUCAGCAGUCUGUAAAUCCAAAUUAUACAUUUUUCAACAAGAAUGCUAGCGUAAAAAUGGAACGAUCAUUAAUUAUCAUCAAAUGGAAAUUAUGCAGAUUUAAACAUUAA